UUUAUGGACUAGCACCUGCAUCUUCAGUUUUCUCUGUUUUCAUUGUCGGUUGCACUUGACUUUGCUCCUCUAAUAUGACAAAGUCACUCUUGGAAUUUACGUUAGGCUAACCCAAUGGACAGCUCUGCUUCAGCUCAUCCUUGGAUCUGUGAAAUUGGCAUUCUAUAUUUUCUGCAAGAUCAUGAAUUCAGGUGCCAGAUGGUUAUGUUGGGUGAUGCUUGUCCAGACUUUUUCCAGACAACCUGGUCUGACAGAAGGGCUGCCUUUGCUGACAAAGAGGAGUAAGCGGGGGACGACCAACUGCAUCCAGGAAGACAAAAGAAAUAUGAAAGUUGUCAACAUGGUCCAAUUCAAACUAAAGGAGCUCCAAUUUCAGUUUAGCAGCAUUGGUUAUUCCUCUGCAAUAAAACAAAGGUUGCAAUUCCAGCCAAAUUUGGAUGACCUCAAUAGGAUUUGGAGUAAUGACUCGAUUUUAAGCGACAAUGAAAUCAGCUCCAUGUUUGAGACUCUUUGGCGUUACCGAGCCCACACAAUAUGGCUGUGUAAUAAUACAUCGGAGGAGUGGCUGACCGUGUUCAAUAAAACAGAGACACGGCUUCUGAUUAAAGAUGUUCCCAACCUGCUGCAUGAUCUGGAGGCACGAUUCACAGUCAUGAAUCAAACAUUGGAACAACAGUUAAAUGAAAAUAUAUUUGUUUCUCAAGGAGUGCACGUUGCAGUCUUCAAUGUCAUUUUCACCUCCUGGGAGAGCUCUCUGACGGACUUGAUCAACCUGACCGAGCAGAUAAAGUUGUUCUUCCAAAGCCAACAGUGCAAUAAAGGCGGUACAUAGGGACAUUGGGGACAAAGUGGAGUAUGGAGGGUACACCUGGACCUUGAAUUGAUGAAAAUGAAAUCUGUCAGGAUUAGAACUGUGCGACUGCAACUGUUAAGACAAUAAGAAUGGCCAAGAUGGACGUGCCUCGCGCCCUCCACUCAUGCAACGCCCUUACGGUGGCCAUCAGUUUGAAGAACUCACUGAAUUAACAAGGACACAAAGAGCCGUGACAAAAAUAAACUUGCUUGAUGCAUAACACAGUCACUUGGAGGUUUAGAAUCAGCUGGUUUGAGAGUCGAGGGUCUGGACUUCACUUUUCAAAUGAAUGGACAUUUUCAAAAAUUCAUAUGAAGAUGAUAACGAAAAUUAUUUUUAAACAUAUAUUGCCAUUUAGGGAAGAAACAAUGUAAUCUUUCCUAAAGUCUUACAAAAGUUGGACCAAAAUGGAACGCAAAAAAAAAAAAUAAAAAGCAAAUUAAUGAAGAAUGCAAAGGGAUACAAGAUGCAAUAAGAAAAGUAACACUGCAGGGCUGAGCCAAAUAACAUUUUGAAGAGUUUUGCAAAUCAAUUGAGAGUACUAAUUUGAAUCCUCAGUCAGGUGUGUGGCUGAAUCCUAAGUUCCGUGCUUUUUUGUUGUUCGGGAGGUGACGGAUUUUCAGGAUUCUUAGUUGCAGGAGAUUUCUGCAAAAGACCCAAAUCAUUGAGUGUGAUUGCUGUGUGGCCAUUGAAAUGCUUUGUGUAACAUACUUCCAAUGAAAGAAUAUUUCUUUGUAAGAGUGUUGUAGCUCUACUAAU